AGGUCGAAAAUGCCAUUUUUUUUUUAUUUGCUUAUUGGCUUUAAAUUGUCCAUCUGCAUAUACCUAUAAAAGAUUUUUUCUAAAAAAUUAAGUAGUUUGCCCCAUACAUAAGUCGUAUAUGGGAACAAGUACACCAUAAUAUACAAUAAAGUGUCGUAUAUGCGAAUAACCCUACGUAUCGUCGUGUACGAUGUUUGAAAAUACGCGCCACUCGACGCGAACGCGGCCUUGUCACAGUAAACGUCAUUUAAAGUAACUCUUCUACAAAGACGUGUCGAAGCGUGAUCGUGUGGUCAAAUUAUUGUUGUUUUGAUACAGUUUUUAGAUUACUGAGUGUGUUAUUUAGUUAUAGAUAUCCGUAUAUCACCUACAAUCGUACUGGAAAAUAUGAAUAACAAUAGAUCAAAGCUACUAGUGGAUAUUGCAAACUCCAGAAAUAAUGUUGUAUGUGUUUCUGAAGCCCAAGAUUUAAUUAAUUAUAUGGAUGAAGUUAAUGAAGAGACACGAAUAUGCACAGAAAAAGAUAUUUCGAUGGAUUUAGAGGAUCGACCACCGGAAGUUCCUAAAAGUCCGACUUUCGGAGUUUCUAACGACGAAACACAAGCUGCCGGAACUCACAGUGAUGGAGAACAGAACCAGAUAUCGGCUAAUAUACUAUCGCAAAGUGAUUUAAGCUAUAUUAUUGAUACGGUAGGGGAAAUUUCGAAUGAUGGGAUUGAAAAUUACUGUCUUAGUACAUCUAUAUUUUGUGAAAAUGAAACACCACAACCAGUAGCUGUAAACGAUAUUAUUGAAGAACCUUUAACACCAAUACCAAGUCCAUGCCUUAGCUUUGGGGAGUCUGUUCAUGAUUGUAACGAUUUAAUAGAAAGUAGUGGUAUUCUAUCUGAUACAACUUUUAGAUCAAGUCCGUUAGGGUCUAGUGAAAUGUCUGGUUCAUCAACACCACAGCAUCGAAAAAAGAAGCGUCAAUUUGUAAAAAAAGCUAUAAAAAAGAAUAGAAUUACUAACAAGUCAAACUGGUUAGAUGAAAAAAGGAAGGUUCUUGUGAAUUUAGGUGAAGCUCACAUAUCUCGAUCCGGGAAACAUCAAAUGGCUAAACAAAUAAAAGGCCCAUGUCCAUCUUCUUGUCGAUUAAAAUGUUAUGAAAAAUUCGACGAGGUAACUCGUCGAAAUAUUUUCAAAACCUUUUGGAAUCUGGGUGAUCAUUCUCAGCAGUGGUCUUUUAUUGCAUCACAUGUGAAAGAAAUACGAAAAAAAACAAUGGACACAGGAUUCCAAGAGGUUAAAUGUUUAUAAGUUUUUCUUGCCUCUUUCAUCUGAUGUUGACCACAAAAAGAAGAUAAUGGUAUGCAAGACCAUGUUUAAAAAUACUUUUUCUGUAAGUAAUACUUUUAUACAAUCUGCCAUUGAUAAAUAUGAUAAAGAUACGGGUAUUUGUACUAAAGACAUGAGAGGUUUUCAUUCAAAUCAUCCAACUAUUAUAAAUUCAGCAAUGAAAGCAAAUGUAACUGCACAUGUUAAAAGUUUAGCACCUGUAGAAAGUCAUUAUAUGCGUAAAGACUCAAACAAACAGUAUUUAGAUAGUGAAUUGACUUUUAAAAAAAUGUAUGACCUAUAUACUGUAUGGUGUAAGGAGCAGAAUGUAACUGAAAAUAUAGCUGCUUCUGUAAGACAAUACAAAGAUAUUGUUAACAAUGAACUGAAUAUAGCAUUCCAUGUGCCUAAAAAAGACCAAUGUGACCUUUGUCAUGCAAUGAAAAACAACACCUCACCCACUAGUGAUGAUAAAGUAAAGCAUAAGUUACACAUGGAUAACAAAAAGCUUGCCAGAGAAUUGAAAAACGUUGACAAAAUUGAAGCUCAAUCGAAUCCAUCUGUUAUUUGUACUGCAAUGUUUGACUUCCAAAAAAUAAAUAAUACGCCACAUGGUGAAAUCAGUGUGUUGUAUUAUAAAAGGAAAUUAUCAGUGUACCUAUAAUUUUACUGUUUUUGAUGCUGGGUCUAAGGAAGCUACGUGUUACAUGUGGGAUGAAACGGUUGCGAAACGUGGCGCCAACGAAGUGGCCAGCUGCUUGUUUUCUUUCAUUAACAACAAGAUUAAAGCUGGUGUCAAAGAUUUUAGAUUCUGGUCAGAUAACUGUACUGGCCAGAAUCGCAAUCGCAUUGUUUUUUUUAUGUACUUGUAUGUAAGCAACACGUUUAAGGUAGAUAUAUGCCAUCGAUUUUUAGAAAAAGGACAUACUCAAAAUGAGGCAGACAGCGUUCACGCGUUAAUUGAGCGAACAUCAAAAAAUAAGCUUAUUUACAUACCUGAUGAAUGGUACACACUAGUUCGCUGGGCGAAACAGAAUAGUCCAUCUUAUACAGUCGUAGAAGUGAACCAAGAUUUGGUUUUGAAUUUCAAAGUCAAAUUUCAAGCUUGGCUAAAUACCAAAAACUGGAUUAAAGAUACAAAUUCAGAGAAAAUUUCUUGGAAUAAAGUAAAAGAAGUAAAAGUAUUAGGGAAAACCCGGACGUCAUUGAAUUUAAGUACGAUUUUUUUGAAGAAAACUAUAGAAAACUGGACUGUAGCAAUAA